AUGGUCGACCAAAAAACGGACAAUCAGCAACCUCAGCAACCCUCGCCAUCUCAGAUGCUACCUUCCAUUGCAGCUCUGACGAACGGUCUGCCCAGCUCUAACCAGUACUCUCCUCCAAACCGACAGCCUUCUCAUCUUCCCUCGAGGGACUCGGGCACUUGGCCGCCGAUACAUCCUCAGAUGAAGCCGGUCGAGUCUCACAUGAACAACCAGUCUCUUCAAGUAGCAACCUUGCUGAACCCAGAUGAUGGUCAAUCGAGGAACUCGAUACCAAACACACCAACUUCGAACAGACUCUCUCAGCACCAACAGCAAUCGAGUACAAUCUUGCCGUCAAUCAACCAGACCUUCGAUGCAGGCAACCGUGGAAGUGUAGACUACCAUCAGUCCUUCGACUCGCGCAGAAGUAGCAUUGACAGCCGUGUCCAUAAUGGUAUCUCUAACCUAGGUCUCAACAACCCUACGUCUCCUUACGAAAGCCAGAAUGGCUCUCAAGUCUCAUUGGCUGCCAGUCUCCGCCGGCCAAAUAACGCAGGCCCUAUGUCACCUAUGAGUGGUCGUGGUAGCAUUCGCGGCCAAGGUCCGAGAGUUGCGCCCCCAAUCGUCGGUGCCUCUCGAGUUCCAGGCGGUCCUGACCCAAUGGCUUCCAAGCCAACACCUGGUCAUGCUUGGGCUUUCCCUGAUGAUCCUAUCGCUGAAGAAUCAAGGCGCGAGUCAAGCAGCGAUGACUCUCAACGUCACAGCAUCUCGAGGACCAACAGUUACGCCGCAUCUUCUAUCAGAAGCAGCAUAUUCUCCCAGAAUGACGGCCUUCCCUACGGCCAGAGGCGAUUUGAUGAGGACGCACCAACCCACCACCACCACAGCAUGAGCCAGCACAGAGUUUCUGCUCUUCAGAACGAGGCCAACAUUUCGGGCGGUGGAAACUACAGCCGUACGCCAGAGUUGCGAAUCAGCCACAAGCUUGCAGAGCGCAAGCGCCGCAGUGAGAUGAAAGAUCUCUUCGAAGAGCUCAACAGAGUCGUCCCAACCAAUGGGGGCGCAAAAGCCAGCAAAUGGGAGAUUUUGACAAAGGCGAUUGAUUACAUCAAGAACACCCAGACUCAGGAAAGAGGGCUUAUGAACGAGGUUCAUCGCCUUCGUGAUGCUUCGGAAUACGCUCGCGAGGCGCAAUCGACGAUCGACAAUCUUCAAACAGAAAUUGCAGUCAUGCAAGAACGUCUUAGAAUGUUGGAGCCUGGCAAUCCACACAUCUACGGUGCAUACACGUCGAAGAUGUCACAAGCCCACGCUCAAGCCCAAGCCAAUGGACAGCCUCGUCAGUUCUCCCUGCCUGCCAUGAACGCUGUUCCUCCACCUCCGCAGCACUACAACGCAGCUAGUGCUGCCUCCCAGGGAAUGCAAGGUGUAGAGUACGGCAAUGCUCCCAGACAUCACUAG